GCGUGCGUUGUUUUGCGCCUGGUGUCGCGUUACACACAUUCCAGGUGUAUCACCUUUUUAGUGGCAGACGUCCAAAUUUGGAGUCGGGAGUGGCUUUGUGCUCGGGACCUUAGGGUGCGCCCGGAGAGCCGCACAAUGAUCGACGCACAAAAGCUGGAGCAAUGCACAAGUAGCUCUCCAAGAAACUGAACAACGAAUGAGAAGAAUAACUCGUCUUUAACUGUUCAAAUUGCCGCAAGAAGGAUGUCUCGACGCGUCAGACCGGGGUACCAUCGGCAGGAAAUCAACAAAACCUCAUGGGAGGUACCGGAUCGGUACCGUGAUCUGAAGCAGGUGGGGACCGGAGCGUACGGGACGGUUUGUUCAGCAACGGACAUCAGAACCAGAAGCAAAGUGGCCAUCAAAAAGCUAUAUCGGCCUUUCCAGUCUGAGCUGUUCGCCAAACGAGGCUAUAGGGAACUGAGGCUCCUCAAACACAUGAAGCAUGAAAAUGUGAUCGGCCUCUUAGACGUGUUCACGGCGGACCUCUCGUUGGAUAAAUUUAAUGAUUUUUACCUCGUGAUGCCCUUCAUGGGGACGGACUUGGGCAAACUGAUGAAGCUGCAGAGGCUGUCGGAAGAAAAAAUCCAGUAUUUGGUGUAUCAGAUCCUUAAAGGGCUCAAGUAUAUUCAUUCCGCUGGUAUCAUUCACAGGGACCUCAAACCAGGAAAUCUUGCAAUUAACCAAGAUUGUGAGCUCAAGAUCUUGGACUUUGGUUUGGCACGUCAGGCUGACAAUGAGAUGACAGGCUACGUGGUGACUCGCUGGUACCGAGCCCCGGAAGUCAUCUUGAGCUGGAUGCACUACAGCCAGACUGUGGAUAUUUGGUCAGUAGGCUGCAUCAUGGCAGAGAUGCUCCAAGGGAAACCUCUUUUCAAAGGCAGUGACCACCUUGAUCAGCUGACUGAGAUCAUGAAGCUCACAGGAACACCACCUCCGGAAUUUCUCGCAAAACUACAAUCGGAUGACGCCAAAAGCUACAUCAAAAGUCUUAAAAAAGUUGAAAAGAAAGACCUUCAUAAAGUGUUCCCCAAUGCCAACCCACAAGCUGUGUCCGUGCUAGAGCACAUGCUACUACUGGAUCCGGAAAGCAGGGCGACGGCGGCGGAUGCCCUUUCGCUGCCAUACUUCACGGAGUUUCGGGAACCAGAGGAGGAGACGGAAGCUCAGCCUUACGACCACUCGCUGGACAACACGGAGCUGCCCCUGGAACACUGGAAACGUCACACCUUCACAGAGAUCUUAACCUUCAAACCAGUUGUGGCACAAUCCAAGGAAACCUCUUUGUAAGACACAAGUUGCCCACAUUGUUUUUUUCCAAGCCCACGUUGGUCCAGCAGCUAAAAAUUGCGCAUAACCUGUGGUACUUCAAUUUCCUGCAAAAUUUGUAGGUAUCCUAAUAUAAGAGAGUCAAAUAGCUGGGUUUUACGCUUUUUUUUUUCUUAAAUGCCCCUGUACAAUUAGUUGGAAUCGUACGUAUGAAAACCAGAUCAAGACAGUACUGAACGUAGUUUUGUUUCACUGUAGAAAAUAGAAAUCAGUUAUGAUGAUAGAUUUGUUAAACUUGAUCCAUAUUUGAGUCAUAGUUUGUUCCAAGUCUGUCUUCCUUGUGAUAAGCUUUAUUAGAGAUUUAAUGCAAGUAUCCGCAUUAUUUUGCAUUCCCUAGAGAUGUGUUGUCUUGUUGUGAUAAUAAUGCAGUACUUUAUUUUGAGUCUGUGGAAGAUUUGGAUGCCCUGUCAUGUGUGACCUUAUUCUUUCCACGGUCCUCCAUAAUGCCAACCAAUAUUAUCACACAUUCAUGAAUUAAUUUAAAUGUUGUUUACACUCAUAUAUGCAUUUCUAAUUGUAUCUAUGAGAGAACCCUCAGCAUUAUGUUGGCCAAACGUGUAUUGUUUUUAAACAAACACAGAAACCUUUGGUUUAGGAUCAGGAGAACAGACUUUCUGAAGUAUUGUUCACAACUGGUUUCAGCACGAAAGUACAAAGGCACAUACACUUAAUACUAAACAAAGCACAAAGUCGUGCAAUGUGCAUACAGGAAUGGGUGGUUUUGUUAUUGAAAGAAAUACAUUUGUUGGCCAAGUUGCGUUUUUUUUUCUAAUAUGACUAAUUGUUGAUUAAAGCAUCGAUCAGAAUCUUUA